AAUCGUUUGCAUUGCAUCUCUAUCAUCGACGACGCGCUUGCAAAAAAACGCAGGAAACUAGCCAAAUUCCCAUUUUGCGCUGACGGUACGCCGGUAAAAGUGUAAUUGCCCGGCCAGAAAUUGUCUCAAUCCUUGCCUCAACGCCAUUCGGUCUAGUGGUUGUUGCGAAAGCUUACAGUACGUAGCGGGCUUUCGUAGUUUCUGUGCACACGUUUUGCCGCUUCGGCUUUUGUUUUGGCGCCCGAUUUUUUCGGCUGCCGACUUUUGACGCAGACUGAGGAAUUGCGUGCCCAGAAGUCUCGAAAUGGUGGAUCGCAGCGAUAAUGCAGCGGAGUCCUUUGACGACGCCGUCGAGGAGCGCGUGAUCAAUGAGGAGUACAAGAUUUGGAAGAAGAACACGCCGUUUCUGUACGAUCUGGUCAUGACGCACGCCCUGGAAUGGCCCUCGUUGACCGCCCAGUGGCUGCCCGACGUGACCAAGCAGGAUGGCAAGGACUACUCGGUACAUCGUCUUAUACUGGGCACACACACAUCCGACGAGCAGAACCAUCUCCUCAUCGCCAGCGUUCAGCUGCCCAGCGAGGAUGCCCAGUUCGAUGGAUCGCACUACGACAACGAAAAGGGCGAGUUCGGAGGCUUUGGAUCAGUGUGCGGCAAGAUCGAGAUCGAGAUUAAGAUCAACCACGAAGGCGAAGUGAACAGGGCCCGCUACAUGCCCCAGAACGCCUGUGUAAUCGCCACCAAGACGCCGUCGAGCGAUGUCCUGGUCUUCGACUACACGAAGCAUCCCAGCAAGCCGGAGCCAUCUGGCGAGUGCCAACCGGACCUGCGGCUGCGCGGACAUCAAAAGGAAGGCUACGGCCUCUCUUGGAAUCCCAACCUUAAUGGCUAUUUGCUGUCAGCCUCUGAUGAUCACACCAUUUGCUUGUGGGACAUCAAUGCCACUCCCAAGGAGCAUAGGGUUAUUGAUGCCAAGAACAUCUUCACCGGACACACCGCCGUUGUUGAGGACGUGGCCUGGCAUCUGCUCCAUGAGUCUCUGUUCGGAUCGGUGGCUGACGACCAGAAACUGAUGAUCUGGGACACGCGCAACAACAACACCUCGAAGCCCUCGCAUACGGUGGACGCUCACACAGCCGAAGUAAAUUGCUUGAGCUUUAAUCCCUACUCGGAGUUCAUUCUGGCAACUGGCUCCGCUGACAAGACUGUGGCUCUGUGGGAUCUGCGCAACCUUAAGUUAAAAUUACAUUCCUUUGAGUCGCACAAGGACGAGAUCUUCCAGGUGCAGUGGUCGCCGCAUAACGAGACUAUUCUCGCUUCCUCCGGCACCGACCGCCGCCUACACGUCUGGGAUUUGUCCAAAAUCGGCGAGGAGCAGAGUUCGGAGGAUGCUGAAGACGGACCACCCGAGCUGCUCUUUAUCCAUGGCGGUCACACUGCCAAGAUUAGCGAUUUCUCCUGGAACCCCAACGAGCCGUGGAUCAUUUGCUCCGUGUCCGAGGACAACAUAAUGCAGGUCUGGCAGAUGGCCGAGAAUGUCUACAACGACGAGGAGCCCGAGAUUCCCGCCUCCGAGUUGGAAACCAACACCGCUUAAAGCACCUGUUCCGCCUCCUUUAACACACCAAACUACAACUGAAUCCGAUAAUGUUUUGGCCGUGCCCCAUGUCCAGCUAUCCAGCCUAAAUGGCAGUGGGUGCUCAUUUUAAUUUAUAUAUAUUUACAUAUUUUUAAAAACAAAAAAUAAUUAAGCUCUCAUUUGUCAGCAGAUUGUACAAUCUACGAAUCUUUAAUUAAAAAUGAUUACAAAAGCCAA